AUGUGCGAGAAUCGCUUUGACUGCAACGUCUCUUUGCCUUCACAGUACCAUACAAAAUUCCUUUGCACAGUUCAGGUGAUUGAAAAUCGUGGUGUAGGUACUAAUAUUCAGACUAACGAAGACGUUGCAAUUAAGCUCGAAAAUGCCAAUACGAGGUAUCCUCGGCUGCUCUACGAAUCAAAGUUAUACAGACUCAUACAGGGAGGAACUGGAAUUCCAAAUGUGAGAUGGUUUGGAGUGCAAGGAGACUAUAAUGUUUUGGUGAUGGAUUUGCUUGGACCUAGUCUUGAAGAUCUUUUUAACCUCUGCAGUAGGAAGUUUUCUUUGAAGACAGUUCUCAUGCUUGCUGAUCAAAUGAUCAAUUGCGUUGAAUUUUUACAUUCUAAAUCAUUUCUACAUCGAGAUAUCAAGCCUGAGGAUUUUCUUAUGGGCUUGGGGACGCGUGCAAAUCAGGUCUACGUCAUUGACUUUGGUAUGGCUAAGACAUUUAGAGAUAGAUCAACACAUCAGCACAUUCCUUACAGAGAAAACAAGAAUUUGACUGGAACCGCUAGAUAUGCAAGCAUGAACACUCAGCUUGGUAUAGAGCAAAGCCGGAGGGAUGAUUUGGAAUCUCUUGGAUUUGUCCUUGUGUACUUUUUAAGAGGAAGUCUUCCUUGGCAGGGACUGAAAGCAGGAACUAAGAAACAAAAGUACGACAAGAUCAUUGAAAAGAAGGUUUCUACUUCGAUUGAGGCCUUGUGUCGGGAUUGUCCAACGGAAUUUGCGUCAUACUUUCACUAUUGUCGUUCACUUCGAUUUGAUGAUGAACCAGAUUAUGCUUAUCUGAAAAGAAUAUUUAGUGACCUUUUUAUCCGUGAAGGCUUCCAGUUUGAUUAUGUGUUUGACUGGACCAUUUUGAUCAAUGAUGAACCCGGCCCGGUGCAAAAUUGAAGAAGAGAACAAGGGUGCUUGUUAUAAGGAGUUGGCCGAUUACAUUAUGGUGUACGUUUUACAGGCUCCUACAUUUCCAUAU